AUGAGUUCUUACCUUGUGAAUGCAACAUUUCAUUCCAAAAUAACAGAAGCAGCUGAUAUUAUUUUUGGCGUCUUCUACAUUGUAUUUGGCAUAUGCGCCUUGUGUGGGAACAGCAUCCUCCUAUACAUUUCCUAUAAGAAAAGGAACCUAUUGAAACCAGCAGAUUACUUCAUGAUCAACCUGGCUAUCAGUGACCUUGGUAUGACUUUCACCUUGUACCCUCUAGCUGUUACAUCCAGCCUUUCACACAGGUGGCUGUAUGGUCAACAUGUUUGCUUGUUCUAUGCUUUUUGUGCAGUGUUGUUUGGAAUCUGCAGUCUGACAACACUAACAUUACUGAGUACUGUGUGCUGCCUAAAAAUUUGUUUCCCAGCUUAUGGGAAUAGAUUCAGGCGCGAACAUGCUUGGAUGUUGAUAGCCUGCACUUGGGCCUACGCAGCCUUUUUUGCCCUUUCUCCACUAGCUCACUGGGGAGAAUAUGGAGCCGAACCAUAUGGUACAGCAUGCUGCAUUGACUGGCACACUUCAAAUAUAAACAAGACAGCUAUGUCUUACACCAUUGUCCUUUUUGUCUUCUGUUUUAUUAUCCCCUGUGGAAUAAUUGCUACCUCUUACACUCUUAUUCUGAUCACCGUGAAGGAAUCCAGAAAAGCAGUGGAACAACAUGUCUUGGGAUCUACCAGGAUAAGCAGUGUACAAACUAUUACAGCUAAGCUGAGCAUUGCUGUGUGCAUUGGAUUUUUUGCUGCCUGGAGUCCAUAUGCUGUCAUUGCCAUGUGGGCAGCCUUUGGAUCAAUUGAAAGGAUUCCCCCACUAGCCUUUGCUGUACCAGCAGUAUUUGCUAAGUCUUCACCACUCUACAACCCAGUUAUGUACCUAGUUCUAAAGCCCAAUUUUCGAAGCAUCAUUGCCAAAGAUUUUGCAAUUCUCCAACAGUUAUGCAUCAAGACUUGCUUUUGUGUCAAAUGUGCACAAACUUGCACUUUCAGGUCAACUCUGGAGGCCCACUUGAAACCUUUUAAAGGAAGAAAUGAGUCCACCAGUAAUUCUGUGCAAACAGUGGAAGGAUGUUCUUAUUUUCCUUGUGAAAGGUGCAACGAUCCAUUUGAAUGCUUUAAGAACUAUCCAAAAUGCUGCCAGGAGAGGUUAAAUGCUAUGGAACAUGUUCCUCAAGAAAGCAUAUCCUUGGAAAAUAAUAUUCGGUCAAAAACAAAACAUCAUUCUGAAAAAUGCAUAAAAGUGGUUGUCCAGGGAGAAAAAAACACUGAAACGGAUGGUUUGGAAGUAACAUUAGAAAACCUACCUACACAUGCUAGAUAAUGCCAACCUGUAGCAUAUGUUUGGUCAAAUGCUCUGAGCAACAAUUUAAUUGCAUCAGACUUAAUGAAUGUAAAACAUUUCUAAACACUAUCGUAUUUUUAUACAGUUAUUUUUUUGUUUCCUUAUUGCCCAUGAGAGUAGCAUGAAUGCAUUGAAAAGAAUACAUGUAUUUUAUUUCCACCAAGUAUGUUACAUUCCUAGGGAGAUUCAGAACAAAUUGUAUUCUACAGUAAUUUGUUUCUGACUUCUGAGAAUUUCAGAUCUUCUUAACCUCUUUGCACUCUUCAUACCUAUAAAAAAUUGCCUGAUGGAUCCUUGUUACAAGUAUUUUAUAUUGAUUAGCAAGCUCAAUCUACAUUGGACUCCUGGAAGGUCUUUCAAAUGAUUGUGUGUUGCUUACGUAAUUGAUAUUGGCUUCAGAAACCAUGAGCUGUUAUUUGUUAUCCCUUCCACCUUUUAAUUAGGCUGUGCUUAUGCUCACAUCCUUUGCAUGUUUCCUUCCAAGACAGAAAGUCGGACAGACUCCUUUUUCUGAUUCAAUCCUGCACUGUUCUUGAGGGAUUUCUGGGUAGUUUUGUUUAAGGAUGUGCCAAGGUUUGCCUUUCAGAAGCAAGCUACUGCAUGGAGGGACAGUUUUUUCAUAUAUUUCUGAAUUGCUGAGAAGCACUGCAGGAAUAUUUUUAUGGCUUUGAGAAGACAUUAACUUCCCCAACAAA